UGUCACUUUCACUGCUUUGUUUGGUUUCCACAGUCCAUAAUCCCUCGAGAGCAUAAACAGUCAUCAUGGGCUCUUGGUUCGAUAUCAUCUCUUCCCUGGUCAUACUGGCUAUAUUCUGCGCUGCCGUCCAUUUCGCGCGCCCUUAUGCCCACUUCCUUGACCCCCACUCGAACGCUACCGCCCCUUCCAAGAACUUUAACAAUAACGUCUCAUAUGACGCCUCUGCUUCUCGUGUCGCCAUCAAGACCGACCGCGUUGCCCCCUCGAGGGACGAAUACAUUCAGAACAUGCAAGGCGCAUUCAAGAGGGGCGCCCAUAUGGUCAAGGGUCACAGGGAUGCUUUCGGCUUCAAGAAGGGAGAGGCAGGGGCUGCGAGUCCGACCGAGGCUGCUGGUGAAAAGUCUGUAAGAUCAAAAAAGCUCGCCUAGUUGCCCGAUUUCAACGCUUCAGGUUCCAAAAUAGAGACUGCUAGGGAUGUAUACACGAAUACGAUAAACGAUACACAAUGUGCCGGCUG